UCUUUAAAGCAACACUAAUAAAUUCUUUCCAAUUUCUUCAUCUUCAAUCUUCCAACUAUCCAUUGUUUCUCUACAAUUAAUUUCUCAACUCUCCAUCAGUACUCCUAGUGAGACUCAAAUCCUUCCCCGAUUAUUAUUGUACUUCUUACCUUUGAUAUCUUGCAUCGUUAGUUACUGUAUUUCAAUUAUAUUGUAUUAGUUGUUAAGUUUUCUACGCUCUUUUCUUAUGUUUUGUAUUUAGAUUUUACUACACUUGAAUCGAAGAUCUUUUGAAAACAGCUUCUCAACAUCUAAGAAAGUAAUAAUAAAAUUUGCGUAUAUUCUAUCUUGUCCGGAUGUGAGUUGUAAAUUAUUUUAGUUGACUGUUGCUUCAGGGGUGUGUUAAUUAAUGUAUAUAGUGCUACAGGAAUCUCUUUGAUGGCGCAAUUUAAGGGAAGACAUUAAAAAGAAUUUGAUAUUGUAUUAGCGAGAUGCUUACGUGCAUAGCUCGUUCGAAGCAAUCGAGCGAUGAUUCCCUUGAUCAACCUGAAAAAUUCAAUCCAAAUGCUGUUCCGCCUAAUAAACAAUCUGUCAAAACACUUACUUCUCAGAUCAAGGACAUGGCAUUGAAAGCAUCAGGAGCAUACAAACAGUGUGGUCCAUGUGCGACUCAGCCGUCGACUCUCAGAAAAAACGACUCCGACUCGUUGGAUAAAUUCCGGUGGUCUUAUAAGAGAACAGGGAGUUCGAGUUCCAGCUCUACGGCUGGGAGGAAGGAGCUGGAAGCGAGGCUUAAGGGAAUAUCAAGCGGGGAAGUUACGCCGGUAUCGGCGUCAGCUAGUGGCCGGAGAGCUGAACCGGUGGUGUUUGUUGAAGAAAGCGAGCCGAAAGAGUGGGUGGCUCAAGUCGAACCGGGUGUUCUAAUCACUUUCGUUUCAUUACCACGUGGCGGCAAUGAUCUUAAGCGGAUUCGAUUCAGUCGAGAAAUGUUUAAUAAAUACCAAGCUCAAAGGUGGUGGUCAGAGAAUUGUGAGAAGGUAAUGGAGCUUUAUAAUGUGCAAAGGUUGAAUCGUCAAGCUUUUCCCCUUCCAACACCUCCAAGAUCCGAAGACGGGAGUUCAAAAAUCGAAUCGAUUGAAGACAGUCCUGUGACACCCCCGCUGACUAAAGAACGACUACCACAUACUUUGUUCCGUCCAAUGUAUUCAUCUUCAGAUUCUCUUGAACUACAAUCAACCCAUUCUCGCUAUAAUUAUGACUCUUGUGGUGUCUCCUCAACUCCAAAACUCUCAAGCAUCAGUGGAACAAAGACAGAGAUAUCAUCAAUGGAUCAUGCCUCUAUGAGGACUAGCACAUCAAGAGAUGCAGAUCGCUCUGGAGAGCUAUCUAUCAGCAAUGCCAGUGAUCUUGAAACUGAAUGGGUUGAGCAAGAUGAGCCUGGGGUUUACAUCACUAUACAAGCACUACCAGAUGGCAGACGAGAACUCAAACGUGUCAGAUUCAGCCGAGAAAAAUUUGGAGAAGUGCAUGCCAGGUUAUGGUGGGAAGAGAAUCGUGCUAGGAUACACAAACAAUACCUGGGAUGAUCGAUAACGCUUAUUGCAAAUAUCCCCUACAUUUCCUGUUGAUUGCCAAUUAAGGAGGUGUUGCACUUCUUUGGCAAUGCUCAUACUAUUCAUUUAUUAUAUGUGGAGCCAGAGAUUAGUAUAAGAGAGGCAGGCAAUAUACAAAGAAGAAUCUAAGCUUUGUUACCUUUGUGAACAACCAUCUAGGUUGUUGACAUGUUCUUUCUUUCUUUCUUUGUUUUUGUUUAAUUUCCAUUGUCUAAAUUAUUCUAAGUAAAAGGGGGGAAGGGGUUGAAGAAACUAAAAUAUUUCUUUGGGUAUAAGAUUUUAAGGGUUGAGAAUUUUGAUGUUGAUUCCAAAAAGAAGAAGAGAUUUUGAUGUUGGCUAUGCAAAAAUGUUAAUAUUCAAAAGGAAAGUCUCUUCUCUGUU